AUGGCGAGCAUCCGCGGCGGUGUCGGGAGUUUCCUGCUACGCCGCGCCGCAGCGAAGAGCAUCCGGCAGAAGUACCAGACAGGCCCACAGUUCAACAAGCGCAAGUUCUUCCAGUUCCCGAAGGGCCACCACCGCCUGCACCGCCGCAUUGGCGGCGUUCAGCGUGGCCCACCGACGCAGCAGCUGGAGUAUGAGCGUUUCAGCCAUCUCCCCGGCGACGUGAGGACGCGGCCGCAGCAUGACUUCACGUUUGGCGACGGCCGUGCGGAUCGCGCCAUGUAUGCGUGGCGGAAGCGGGGAGAUCUGCAGCUCUAUCAGAUGGGUGGGAAGACGGAGACGUUUGUGUGUUACCGUUGCGGUUAUCCUGUGCGCAGUCAGCUCGUCGCAAUCAAGGCUGACAACUGGGACUACCGGAUGUGUUACAGGUGUUACACAAGCACCGUGAAUCACGGCAUGGAGAACGACACAUAA